AUGCGGUACGUUGACAGAGAUAUUUGCGGGUAUCUACAAACAUCCGCUAAAUACAAAAAAGAGUUAGAAGAAAGUGUAGCGUCCCAUCAUGGAAAAGUUCGUUGGCCUAGUAAUGAAGGAGCAUAUAUGGAGGUGAUGUGCAAUGUGGAUGAACGAGACAGAAAGGCAAAGAUAAAAGUUGAAGACUGGGAAGAACAUGCGGCCUCGGGGGGCACAUUACAGACCGAUUGUGGAAGAAAACAUCUCGAAAAGCUAGUUGAUGAGUAUGAUGGCAGACUUAUCUAUCAGAUACAAGGAGACGACUUAUAUAUUGUUUCAGUGGACUAUUUGCAUCAGGAGAUCAUUAAAAAAGUGAAAACCUUCCUAGAUUCACAUUCUUACCUCGAAGAAACGGUUCUUUUUGACAGUGGUGUAUUCCUCUACCUGUUUAACAAUAAAAAGAGGGAUGUUCAACAAGUUAUCAAGCAAUUCAAGGACUUGAAUGUCGAAAUAGAUAUAGUUGAUAGAGAAACAAGAAAGGGGUUUACGGUAAAGGGAGAUAAACAGGUAUGCAAGAUUGCCUUAGCACAGCUUAAUAGCAUCAAAGAUAAUGUCAUAAGGACAGAUAUGAAUGUCAGUGACGAAUUCUUUCACAAAUUCCUUCAACGUCCGGAGGGCAUGGAAAAAAUGAAAAAUAUUCAGUUGGCAGAAAAAUGCAUUAUUCAAAUACCAAUGGCAAUACCAGAGAGAGGUAGUCGACAACGAUCGGAAAAUAUACUUGCAAAAUCUAAAUUUGGACAUUGCGACCUACAAAUUAAAGGCGGCGACAUUACUGAUCAAAUUGUUGAUUUUAUUGUUAACCCAACAGAUAGAAUGUUGGAGCAUAAACGGGGUUUAGGAAGAACAUUAGUUGAUAAAGGCGGGUUUCUUGUUUCAAAGUCAUGUGAGGAAAAAAAGCGGUGCAUUAAAGAGUUUGAUGCUUUCGUUGGGAGUGCAGGUGACCUUCCAUAUCGUGGUAUAAUACAUGUGGUCAUACCUACCUAUUCAGUUGAACGUAAUGAUAGAAAACAGGAGGAUAUACAUCACGCAGUUAGACAAUGUCUUCUUGAAGCAGACAAACAAAAUGCAACAAGUAUUGCGUUUCCGUUGCUAGGGUCAGGAAGAUUUGGAUAUCCUGAUGACAUCAUUGUUGACAGUAUGAUGAAAGAAAUUAAAAAUUAUCUGCUUCAAAAUGGAACAAGCACAUUCUUGAGACGUAUCACAGUGUGUGAUAUAGAAUCUGAUUUAACGAUUCUUCUCCCAGAAUCAAUAGCUGAGGACUUUUCUCUUCCAGCAGACGUUGUUAAGCAAAGAAAGAUGUCAAAGGAAUGUAGAUCUGACCAAACAGACGGUUUUGCAAAACGUAUUCGUAGAGAUAAUAUAACCGGAUCUAUAACAUUACAAGAUACUGAUGUGAUUGUUAACUCAACAAACAGUAAAUUGGAUCUCAAUAUUGGUAAGCUCUCAGGGAUGAUAAUUAAAGAUGGGGGAGAGAAAAUUCUUGCAGAAUUAUCAGAAAAGUAUCCGGAUGGGAUUUCGCCGGGCGAAAUAGCUGUAACAACUGGAGGAAACUUGAAAUGCAAAGCCAUUUUCCAUGGCGUUUUAGAAAAAUGGGACCAUAAUCAAGGGCAUGCAGAAACGGUGAUGAAAUAUUUUAUCAAAGAAUGUCUCUUGAAUGCAACGAAGAAGAACUACGAAUCUAUAUCUUUCCCAAUCCUAGGAACAGGAGCACUACAGUUUCCUCCAGAUUGUGUAGCAAAAUUUAUGUCAGAAGUUUUAGAUGACUUUGAACUUGAACACCCUUCAACGUCGCUAAAGACUGUCCGCAUUGUCAAACAUCCGAACGAAGAAACUGUAUUUGAGGGAGAUAACCCAAUUCUUCAUAGGAUGGAUAAACCUUCGAUUUCAUCCGUCAUUUACAAAAGACAUAGCAAACGAUUAAAAGAUGUUUUUACACCUGGAAGCAACACCAAAUCCUAUUCAACAACUAUCGACAGUGUGACCAUCAGUAUAGAACAGGGAGAUCUAACUUCAACUUAUUCCGCUGUUAUUGUAAACAGCGUUCCAAACACUCUAACGUUGAGAAGUGGAAGAAUAUCAAAAGCGAUACUAGAAGCUGCAGGGGACAUUAUUGAAUCUGAAGCACACAAACAUAAAAAGACUUUCAAUGAAACACAAUUAGUUAUGACUAGCUCAGGCAGAAUGGCUACUUGCCAGAAAAUAGUACACCUGAAGGCAAAGAGUUCUUUGAAGGGGUGGAAAAGAGUUAUCAAGAAAUGUCUAGCCGAGGUUGAGAAAUUCUCUUUCAAUUCAGUUGCGUUCCCAGCACUUGGUACCGGUGGGAUGAACUUCAGUCCUGCUGAUAUGGGACGAGCUAUGGCAGAAACAUUUCAGGAAUAUAUAAAUGGAGAAAGCUAUCAAGGAAAUUUAAAGGAGAUCAAAAUUGUGCUUUAUGAUACGGAUAUGGUCGGCGAAUUUACAAAAGGAACAAAAGCCGUUUUGGAAUCAUCUAGGAACAGAAAAUCAACUUUUUUUAACAUAUUUCGGCAAAAACAUGAAGAUAACAUCGACUCCUCCACCAAUAUGGUCAUUAAUAUUUAUACAGAGUCACGUGAUAGAGCUUCGAAUGUAAUAAAGAGAAUUGAAGACAUGCGUGAUCAGAUGAUAAAUUCCAAACCAUAAACAACAAAAUAUACAGAAACAAAUAACGUGCAUACAG